AUGGCCGAUGAAAAGGUCGCGAUAGUUAUAGACAACGGCUCUUGUACUACAAGGGUUGGUUUUGGUGGAGAAGAUGCCCCUCACGUAACAUUUCCCUCUAUUGUUGGUCAUCCUAAACACUAUGACCCGGGGGUUGGCAAAAGUUGGCUACACUGCUCCAUCGGCGACGACGCACUCGUGAAGAGGAAUGAUCUGGAUUUGUUAUAUCCUAUCAAAAAUGGCAUCGUAACAGACUGGGAUGAGAUGCAUUGGGUAAUGAAGCUUUGUGAAAAAGAGUUAGAGGAGCUGUGGCACGAACUCAGUAAUCUCAAACAGGGGGAACCGUCACCAAACUGAGUGACGCAUUAAAUAACAGCUCAAAACAUGAAAAGAAGACCUGUUAACACAGCAAAUAAAAACAGGAGAAACGUAUGGGGAAACUUGAAGAAGAUUGAAACGGAUUAGUUAUUGUGGUUUUUGAGCACUUCUAAGCCUUACAGUCUUCUGUUGUUUGUAUCUUCUUUGUAUCGUUUCAUAUGCUGCUUGGGAGACAUGUUUGUUUGACAGGAAGCUGUAAUUUCGAAAGUUCCAUGGUGACUAAAGAAGUGUAAUUGGCAAUAUUAACAAAAUGAAUAAGACAACUGUGACACAGCCCCUUUAAUUUCUUGGCGUAGGUUAUUGUAGACUUAUUUUAACAUGCAUGGCUUUGUUAUCUACGAUGCAGAUUUGGGAUCAUAUUUUUAACAAGGCGUUUGCUGCAGAAACCAAGGGCUGUCCCGUUCUACUGUCAGAGCCCCCUUUGAAUCCAAAAGCUAACAGAGAAAAGACUACUGAGGUAAAAACCAUGAUCAUGUGUAGAGUCUGAAAUGUCAUACGUCUCCACUGGGUGGAGACGUGUGACAUUUCAGACUAGAUCAUGUCUCUACUUGUCUUAUAAAUGUAUAGAGGGACUCCAAUCAAAUUAUUCCGGGUUCUAUUUAGCCCGGAUAUUGGGCAAACGUCAACAUAAACAAGAUAUAUAAAUAAAUAUAAGUCAGACUGCUCAUGUUUGAAAAUUCAAUGAUAAAUUGCUAUGGAUCUGCGUGACGCAAACGUACGGCAUUAUCAUCACACAAUCUAUCCCUCAUGAGCUUGAAGACUGCGUGACAAGCCUAUAUAAAACUACAAAAAGCCAUCUCUCAACAAUGGCCCGAAACUCAAAUUAGAACGCACUCUUUUAAAGUGAUGUACCUCAUCCCUCAAGGGUUCUUGAACUAAAAAGUACUUGUUAUUCACGCCACCCUUGCAGAUUCUCUUUCCCGUCCAAUUCUCUUCUUUUUCCAUUUUCAAAUAAAAUGAACAAUUACUAAACAAUACUACACGUUUAUCAUACUCGAAAUCAACAUUACUGUUAGUUUUAGGGGAACCUGUUUUAGAGGACACGUUUGUUUUAAAAGAGAUCACUAGAGCAUUUCAGGGUGUCUGAAAAGUACAGGUUCUUAUUUAUUUAUUUAUUUAUUCAUCAUCAUUAUUAUAAUAUUUAUCGAAAACAAAGUUUAAAUAUGUAUCCCUUUCUGUGAUCAGGUUAUGUUCGAGACAUUUGAUGUGCCAGCUUUGCACAUGGCAACUCAGCAAGUGUUAGCACUCUACUCUGCUGGUCGUACAACUGGUCUUGUAUUUGACAUCGGAGAUGGUGUCAGUCAUGCAGUUCCAGUAGAUCAAGGUUACUCUCUUCCACGUGCUAUUGUUCGCCUUGAAUUGGCUGGUAGACACGUGACCGACCACCUUGGAAGUCUACUGAAACAUCGGGGUUGCUCAUUCACAACCACAGAUGAGUUAGAGAUAUUGCGCAAGAUUAAAGAACAAUUUUGCUAUGUUGCUACAGACUUUGAGCUUGAACUUAGCACUGCUGAUUCCAACACAACAAGCUAUGAACUUCCUGAUGGUCAUUGUGUUGAUGUCGGCUCUGAGAGAUUCCAGGCACCUGAGUGUUUGUUCAAGCCUUCCCUAAUUGGAAAGCCAGAUAUGUCGGGAAUUCACAAGAUCACUGCCGAUGCCAUUAGAAAAUGUGGUGUUGAAUAUUAUUGGUUGUAG